GUACGUCUCAGAUUGGAAACACGCGUCCUUCAAGCAAGUCACGUUCGGGAGAGGCCAGUAAUUCACGAGGCGAGACGACGUCGUACACUGGAUUACCAGCUCGGCCUUCGUCUCCAAAAUCCCGCAACGCUAGUCGAACAAGGAUGCUUGAUCGCACUGAUUCCGCUUUGGCGCACCGUGAUCAAGCCAGCGCAUUCUCACAGAAGUUAGGAUCUAUAUCUCAAAGAGCUGAGCCAGUGAACAACAUUCGAAGCCUGGCAGAAGAAGCUGGCACUCUCCAGAACCGGCCGUCUUUGCGAGAGUCUCAGAAUUGCAGCAAAAGUCGCCCUGACGAACACUACUCGUCCAUCCCGAUCGCGGCUAGUCCAAGUAUUUACAUUGACAAGCGCAAUCGAAGAUCGCUACCGGCGCUACCGGACGCACACAAGCUACAAGCUCGGCAAUCAAUGCCUAGUGUCAAUCAUCGCACAACGACUGUACCAAUUGCCGAAAUUGACAUCAGCAAUGUGCGGAAUGAUUGGUCUUUGACACGAGACUCAAUGACCGAAGACCAGGCCAGGCCGCAUACUGCUUCUCUCUCCAGCCCAGCGCAGCAACCCGGUCCGAAGUUCCCACUACCAACACUGUCGCCGCAUGCCCACUUUAACCCCUUGGAUCAAAAUCCGGAUGAGGUGGCAAGACUAGGGCACAGAGUUCUUUCUGAUCUGUGUUCUGGCGGGUCUUCACCGGCAGCGAGCAGCACUGAAAGCCCCGUCGCUGAGCCGAAGAGCAAACCAGGAGAAAACCCCAGCUACUCAAUCAUUGAGUCUGAAAAGACUAGCGAGACAAGACCUCUUGCUAAAACUGUUUAAGAUGUCUACUCGGCGAGCCGCUCGCAAUCGACAUCAUCGUCCGAGCCGAAGCUAGGUUGCGACCGG